AGCGCAGGCGCAGUCCGUCGUGGCGUUGACAGGCAGCUGUGGGCGGGGCAGGGAUGGAAGAAGCAGUGAGCACAUGACUGUCAGUUGGGUUGUGUCACGUGAACAGAGCUUUGCGGAAGGACAGAGAAAAUGGAAGCAUCAAAGUGUUCGAGUAAAGUGCAAUUAUUGGCUUUUAUUUCCUUUUUCUUCGCUUUUCUCGCCACGGGGAGCUGCAGUGCUCAAGUACCGCUUCUAAUAUGGUCCAGUGAUAGCUUACCACCACUGGCCUCACCCGCAGCUGGUCACAUUACAUCCAGUGACCAGUGGACUGCCUACCUCACCUCCACCUUUAGCUCUGGCUCCCACACUGUGCUGCUGUUUCUGCAGGACAAGUUAAGCAAAGAUGACUUCACAGUCUUUGGUGGAGUGUUUGGAAACAAACAGGACAAUGUCUUUCACAACCUUGAGGCUGCACUGCAGUCUGCUUCCUCAUCAGUGAUAUUUCAGGCCUCAGAGUGGUUGGGCUCCUCUGCAAUCCUGGCUCUGCUCCAGGACAAGCUGGAUGUCUCACCUCUGCAUGUAGACCCAGACACUCUAGCAGAGCUGAGCAUCAACACAUCUGUCAACAAUCUACUGGUCAUCAGUCUUCCUUAUUGUACUGGCUUGCACAAGCCUUGCAAGGACAUCCUACAUGGCAAUGAUGAGAUUAUUGGGAAAGUUCUGAGUAUGGUGAAAGCCAAAAAUAUCCCAUACACUGCUAUAUACACAGGACUCCAGCCAUCACGAGUGAUUUCAGAGUCGUCUGUGCUGAACCAGCCUGCGGGCCGGUCCUUGCUCCAGGCACCUGUGCCAGAUGUGAAACCACCCAUUAUGUUUAAUGUAUCCGGUAACCCUUGCAUAAUGCUUUGGGCUCAGAAUCUCAAUGUCAGUAUCUCGGGUACUUUGCCAUGGGUUGACCUCGCAACAGAAACGCCCUCCGUGACAAAAUCACGGUGUAGCAGCAAUAGCUCACUGCUUGUCCUGUCUUAUACAUCAGGCUAUACACUAAGUUUUUACAUGAGUCAGCGGUUCUAUCCUGGGUCUGCGAGGAACUGGUUCACCCUGGACAUGGUGCAGUUGCAGUAUAAAGAUCUAACUGGGGUUUUCUUGGGGAGCCGUGACAUUAGUGCCCCUGCAGAGUAUUCCUACCACUGCAGUUUCGUCAGCAGCGUUGAAGAACCUCUGUUGGUGCCAAACAACAGUGACAACAAAAACACAUCUCAGUGGAUGCUCAACUUUGUCGACUUCCAGAUUCAAGGCUUCGGUUUGGCAAACGGAACGAAUUUCUCCUAUGCCAGUGACUGUGCAGGCUUCUUCUCCCCAGGGAUUUGGAUGGGGCUGGUGACCGGCCUGAUCAUGUUGUUAAUUUUAGUGUACGGUCUGCACAUGAUCACGCACCUAAACACCAUGGACCGGUUCGAUGACCCCAAUGGUCCAUUGAUUUCAGUGCCUCAGACGGAGUGAAGUCCUCCCAACACAGACACGCCCUCCUCAGGGGUUCAGUGCCUCCUAGUAGAUUUUGUAAAAGAUAUUUGUCAUUCCUUUCCUUUGAUAUUUUCUCCUAUACUGUAUAUUUCUGAGUCCUUCCACAGCUGAAUUUGGGAUAUACUGCAAGGCACAUUCAGUUUCUCCACAUUUGCAAGUGCCAAAAUGGAUGCACCUUUAUCGUUAUACCAGUUGAUUCUGUGUGUGUGUGUGUGUGUGUGUGUGUUUGGCCAAACACUGGAAAAGAAUUUGCACUCUUAACAGAGAAUGCCUUCAGUGCCAACAUGAAUAUGAUUGCUGGAUGGUGUAGGGCCGUUUCAGAUCUCAGUUCUUACUUUAUUUUUCCAACUGUAAUUUAAAGACUACUGCUAAUGAAAGAAGUGCCUGUAUAUGAAAUUUGAUUGUUUAUGAAAAGUGUGAAAUUUCUGAAGUUGCUCUUUUGGGAUUGCCUUAGAGAAGUAUGCUAAUACUUCCCCUUGACCUUAGUUUUGUUUUCACUCCUCAUGGUUAAAUUGCACCACUGCAAGCCAUUUAUUUGUGUGAAAAGACUGCCCUUUUAGUUUAUCCUCUGCAUCUGGUUCAUCCAUUCAUUUCUGCUUGUGCCAAAUAUAUGGAUAUGCAAUUGACAUGACUUGUACAGUACAUUGUGUUUAAUUGCAAAUAAAUAUAUCUAUUGAUUGA